AUGGGGAAGGACCAGGAGCUGCUCCAGGCCGUGAAGACCGAGGACCUGAUGACCGUCCAGCGGCUGCUACAGAGACCUCGGCCGGGGAAAGCCAAGAUCCUUGGAGCAGCAAAGCGGGUUAACGUCAACAUCCAGGACCCGGAUGGACUGUCUCCGCUGCACUUUGCUGCUCUGAGUGGGAACAAGGAGCUGAUUUCUCUUCUUCUGGAGGCUCAGGCAGCAGUGGACAUCAAAGAUAACAAAGGGAUGCGUCCUCUGCACUAUGCUGCCUGGCAGGGGAAGACGGAGCCCAUGAAGAUGCUGCUGAAGUCGGGUUCAUCCGUCAACGGCCCGUCUGAGGAGGGACAGAUCCCCCUCCACCUGUCCUCACAGCACGGACACUACGACGGGACCGAGAUGCUGCUCCAACACCAAUCUAACCCCUGUAUCUCCGACACCGCAGGGAAAACCCCUCUGGACUUGGCCUGUGAAUUUGGACGUGUCGGAGUGGUUCAGCUCCUGCUCAGUAGUAACAUGUGUGCGACCAUGUUGGAACCAAAGCCCUCUGAUCCCAACGGAGUGUCACCUCUGCACCUGGCGGCCAAAAACGGGCACAUCGACGUCAUCAAGUUGCUAAUCCAAGCUGGCAUAGACAUCAACAGACAGUCAGAGUCAGGCACGGCACUACAUCAAGCUGCCCUCUGUGGGAAGACAGAGGUAGUGCGCUUAUUGCUGGAUAGCGGCAUCAGUGCAGGGGUGAGGAACACGUUGAGCCAGACAGCGCUGGACAUAGUGAAUCAGUUCACGACGACGCAGGCCAGCCGCGAGAUCAAACAGCUGCUGCGAGAUGCGUCGGCGGCCAUGCAGGUGCGAGCGCUCAAGGAUUACUGCAACAACUAUGACCUGACCAGCUUGAACAUCAAAGCCGGAGACAUUAUCACGGUUUUGGAGCAGCACUCAGACGGCAGAUGGAAAGGAUGCAUACACGACAACCGCACAGGGAAUGACCGAGUGGGAUACUUCCCCUCCAACAUGGUGGAAGUUAUCAAGAGGGCAGGCCACUCCCCCUCCCAGCCGUGCCACACCCUGCUCCUCCGCAGACCCAGCCCCUGCCCCAUAGGCUCUCCGAACGGACAUCCCCCCUCAAAAGUGCUGCCCCUUCACCUGCCCACCCCUGCCCUGCCCCACACGGCCUCCCUGCCCCCCUUCUCCUCGUUUGGCUACGUUCCCCUGGCCAUCUCUCCGCCAUCUCUGUCCACUCCUCCGCUGUCCUCCUCUCCUCCUCCUCCCCCUCUUCCUCCUAUUCCUCCUCUCUCCACUUCUCAGGAGCAGCAGAGUCAGACAGGGACCCGCACGGCGGAGGCCAGUCCUCAGGGCUCUCCCACUCUGGGUCAGCAAAGCAGCACUUGUGAGGACAUCUGGGUGCUGCGGAAACCCUUACAAGGCGGCGACCGCAGCGGCAGUGUGGGCAGCCUGGGCAGUGGCCGCUCUUCCAGCAGCUUGUCCGGGUCUGGAAACACCCACGUUCUGACCACCCCUGCUCCCAGCCCCCUCCCAGCACUCACCCCCGGGGUCAACACCCACGGCCUUAAUGCCCCAGGAUUGCACGCUCAGUCUGAGGGUGUCAAGCUUCUGGCCACAGUGUUGGCCCAGUCGGUCAAAGCCAAGGAGCAUCUCUUGGAGCAGUCACAAUCUGUUGAACAAUCCGGUACUUCCAGCCACACAGUGCAUGAGCAGCGAUCUUUUGAAAAAAAGGCAGAAGAGGAUGAUGGGAAAAAACAAGCUGUGGUGUCCUGGCUGGCUGAAUUCCAGCUCCAGUUCUACACCACUCACUUCCUCACAGCGGGAUAUGAUUUGGAGACCAUCGGCUGCAUGACCCCUGAGGACCUGACUGCUAUUGGGGUCAUGAAGCCUGGGCAUCGGAAGAAGUUAUUAUCAGAGAUCAGCAGAAUAACCUCUACCGACUGGCUCCCUCAUCAUAAACCUGCCAAUCUUGCAGAGAUGUUGUCUCAUCUAGGUCUGAAUCAGUGCUACCAAGUUCUGGUCCAGAAUGGGUAUGAAAACAUUGAGUUUGUGUCUGACAUCAGCCUGGAGGAUCUGCACGAGAUUGGCAUCACAAAGCUUGGCCAUCAAAAGAAGCUGAUGCUGGGUGUGAAAAGACUGAAAGAGCUCCAGAGAGGAGAGGUGCCCACUGAGCGCUGUGAGAGCCCCCCCACCGCCCUAUCCAGCCCAGGAGCUAGCACCGAACCCAGUGCUGAGGUCAGUGCUGAGGCCAGGAGAGAGGCCAGAAGACAGAGGGAAGGAGCCCCCAGCCCCCUGGCCAAACCUCGCCCUGCACCCACAGGCUCACAGACCCCUCCUCUUACCUCCACGCAGACUCCUCCUCAGACCCCCCCUCACAGCAGAACCCAGGUGUCCCCCAGAGCCAGACCACGACCCUCCACCCAGAGCCCGGCAGACGCCCUGCUGCCCCUGCUGCAGCUGCCCAACGAGGAGGAGGAGCGGAGGAGAGCGCACAGCCUGAGCGGCCCAGAGAGAGACUCCAAAUACGCCACAGUGUGUCGCAGCUCAUCUUCUCGCUCCACCACCAACGAUGUCACCGUCAACCGCAGCCAGUCCUCGGUCACGCUCCGCCCGCGCCGCAAAGGCAGGCCCCCUACGCCUCCCAAGAGAUCGUGUUCUUCCACGACGGGGGGAGAGGAGGGCGGCGAAGGCCAGGCUGAGGGGCUGUUGAUGUUGCCGGCGUAUCGGGAGAGACGAGCCAGUGACUGUGAAGUCCUGGGGGCAACUCUAAGAGAACAGGAGUCUGCAGGGCUGGAGCGCUCCGAAGGGGCAUCCGGCAGUGUGCGCAGCCUGGCAGCCAUGUUGGAGACAUCCAUGGUCGGAGGGGCCAUGACUCUGCCCAGAAACAUGGGAAGUACUACCGCACUUCUUCCGGUGAGCCCACCCCUGCUCCGCCGUCAGCCCGGGUCAGGAGGUCUCGGCUCUGAAGAAGACGCACUCAGUCGGCGAAGGACCAUCAGUGGUACCGACGACCUCCCUGCCGACCAGCAGAGCAACCAGUCUCCACGGCAACCACCCCAACGGCGGCCUGAGCCCCGUCCACGCUCCACCAUCCUCUCAUCGUCCUCCGAGAUUACAGACGGCACGGCUACGCUUCGGCGAAGACCCAAACCCUCCGACACCACUGAGGUCCCAACGACACCCAUCGAGGACAGCAGUAAAGCUGAGCAGAACGGGGGCGUGGUCCUGAGGAGGCGACCCACGUCUGAGGCCCCUGAGCGCACAGAGGCCGAGACCUGCGAGUGGAUGGAGGCGCGGAAGUCCCUCAAGCCGCCCGUGUCCCCUAAACCUUCUGCGGUGAGGAGGGGCCAGACCGAUCCGCCCACGCCCACGCGCAGGGUCCCUCUACCCGGACCUGACAGUGGAGAGCCCGGCAUCGCCCAGAGCCCCGAACCCAAACGUAUCCCCCCUCCUGUCUCCCCCAAACCCCGUGGACCCCCAACCGCCCCAAAACCUGCCAAAGCCUCUCCUUCCGCCAGCCCGAGCCCCAGCCCUGCACCUACCCCCACCCCACUGCAGACCCCCACCCCACUGCAGACCCCCACCCCACUGCAGACCCCCACCCCGCUGCAGACCCCCACCCCGCUGCAGACUCCCACCCCAGCUCCAAGACCCACCUCUCCCGCGGCUCCCCUGCCUGCCCCGGAGACCCAGUCAGCGGCCUCGCUCUCCCCUGGACCCGCCCUCACCUCUGCCUCUCCCGCCCAGAGCCCGUCCAGCCCCAGCCCUCACCCGAUCAAGCCCCCACGCUCCUCCAUCGCUGGGCUCUCCAUCGACCUGAGCGGGCUGAGGGAGCUGGAAGAUCCGGAGCCGGAAAAAGAAGGCGGGCAGCAGCAACCAAAGCCUGCUGAGGCCAACAGGGGGACAGCGGAGGGAGAGGGGCGUCUGGAGGAGACCAGCGCCUCCCUGACCGCUGCACUGGACGCUGUGGAGCAAAAGAUCACAGAGGACGACACGCAAAACCACUCUUUAUCUAGCAAGAAAGCCACUGUAUCCAUCUUGGACGACAUCGGCAGCAUGUUCGACGACUUGGCCGACCAGCUGGACGCGAUGCUCGAUUGA